GGUGACCAGUAGAGGCACUGUUGUAGUACGUGCUUUACACAACACCAUUUAAUGCAAACGGGGAAGUAGCUCUUGGUGUGUUAACUUACGUCAACAUAAUUUUCGUGCCAAUACAUGGUGUUUGACAUGAACCCAGCUAAUCCAAACCACUGCUCCAUAUUUGACUUGUCUUCCAAAGAUGAGGCCUUAACAGGACUCAGAGAAGUUAACCCCAUCCUAAAACAAAGUGCUAACAGAGAGCCAGCCUUAGAAAAGUUAGAAGAUAAAGCGUCGGAGGAUGUCAGAGAGAUCUCGGAUAAGCUGGCCUGCUCUGCCUGCAGAUGCUCCUUUAUUAACCGUGAAGAACAGAUGGAACACUACAAGCUCGACUGGCAUCGAUUCAACUUGAGACUAAAAAUGUCAGGAAAGCCGCCAGUUACUACAGAGGAGUUUGAGAGGAAGACAGGAAUUGGAGAUAUGUCAAGUAUCUCAGGUUCAGAGUCUGACUCGAACGACGAAGAAUCCGAUAAGGGUGAGGGCGAAACGGACUGGAGCGCCGCUGGUGGGGAUAACGACAACUCGGAUGAUUCGAGCUUAAUGACAAGAAGGUUCUCCAGCAAAGUGCUCUUUCAGGAUUCAGCGGGACAUUACUUGUCAGUCUACCGCUGCAUUCUUCACGGAAAGUCAAAUGAGGAGCAAGAUUUGGAGUCCUGCUUAAAAUCCAUCACUAAGAGGACAAUGUGGAUAAUCCUCAUGACAGGUGGCGGCCAUUUUGCUGGCGCAGUAUUCCAAGGGAAAGAAGUCCUUCAGCACAAGACCUUCCAUCGAUACACCGUGCGGGCUAAGAGGGGCACCGCUCAAGGACUCAAGGAUUCUCAAAACCGCAGUCACACACCAAAGUCUGCAGGAGCCGCGCUAAGACGCUACAACGAGGCGGCGCUAGUCAAGGAUAUCCAGGAUCUUUUGAUGAACUGGGGAGAUCACUUGAAGGAAGCAUCAGCCAUUUUUAUACGAGCUCCAAGCUACAUUAAGACAAUCUUCUUUGGCGGCCGGACAAGUCCGCUCGAAAAGAAGGACGGCAGAAUUUGCAGCAUUCCCUUCCCCACGCGCAGGGCAACCUUUCGGGAAGUACAUCGGGUUCACAGUGUGCUUUCCACAGUGGAUAUUUACGGGAAGGACACUGACCUGUCCACAUUCAGCAGUGUAUCAAAGAAGGCAUGGAAGAAAACUGUCCAACCUGCAGCGCCACCGAGAACAGAACAAGAGGAAGAAGAUAUCCAGAGCAGCUCAGAUGAAGAGGAAGGAGGUGACAUCCAGCUUGAGAUGGUGGAGUUGACCAUUGGAACACAGGAUCUCAAGGAGUUUGACAUCCAACCCUCCAGACACAAUAGGAGGAGAAGGAGGAGAAAGAAGGAGGAGGAGGAGGAAGACAAACAUGAGGAGGAUGCGGGAGAACUUAGUAACACCGAAGCAGACGACAUAAAUGUGGAAGCUGACACCCCUCAGCAAACACAACCGAAGAACAAGAGUAGGAGGAAGAAACGAGCUGAAGAAGCACCGGAGGACUCAUGGGACUACAGUCUGAGGGACGCGCUCUUCACAGCCUGCAAGGUCGGAGAUGUAGAUGCCUUGGGCCGUCUCCUCCGUCUUUCCGAAGAGCCUCGGGAAACGUCGGUUGACGAGCCCGCAGAUACCAGCAUUCCUGUGACUCUUCUUAAUAAGCACAUUGACUCUUCGGGCUUCACUUUGCUGCACGUUGCAUCAGUGGCUGCACAGAAGGCUGCCGUCAGGCUGCUGCUGGAUGCUGGAGCUGACCCGGCAUGCAGUGAUAAGAAAGGGCAGACCCCGUAUAACGUCAGCCCCGACAAGGACACCAGGAACGUGUUUCGGAAGUACAUGGGCGAACAUCCCGACAAGUACGACUACAACAAGGCUCGGGUACCUGGGCCUUUAACGGCAGAGAUCGAAUCGAUGAAGACUGAGAAGAAAAAGGCUCAAAAGGCGCUGAAAAAACAACGUGAAAAGACACUAAAGGAGGAGAAGAGGAAACAGGAAAUGGAAGAGGAGGAAAAGAAGAAAUUUGCGUCCUUAUCAGAUCGGGAAAAGAGAGCUUUGGCAGCUGAAAGGAGGUUAGCAGAACAAGUAGCGGCAACUGGAGUCAGCCUCUCCAACAUCAAGAGAUGCUUUCAGUGUGGUGAGUCUCUGCUGGGCAAGAUCCCGUUCCAAUACCUGGAUUUCUCCUUCUGCACCCCUCGAUGUGUGCAAGCGCAUCGCAAAGCUAACGCUCCAGUAGGAAAGAGCUAAAGACUCUAAAAUGAAGCUGCGUGUCAUCAUACAUUUUACUACCAAUGAUUGGACUUGGUAAACGGAUGCAGCGCUGUCAUUAGAAGAUCUGUGGCUGGGUGUGGAUGUUUUUCCACGAUUCCCAGCUCUCAAGCUUGGCAGCAAGGUGCAUUCAUCUUUUUCCUUUUUUUUUUUUUAAUCAGGAUGACUUGUUAAGCCCGUGGCCUUCAUGUUUUUCUCAUGGUGCUUCUCAAGAGCAUGUCUCCCAUGUAAUUGUCUGGAACUGAGCCACUUGACAUGGGUAAUGAGUAACUUAUUUUGAACACACGCUAUCCUGCUAACUUCUAACUCUUUAAAAUGUUUAAAAAAAUGCUGGAAGACUGUUAUGUAAAAUUAAAAAUUCUAAAUAGGCCUACAUUACAGUCUAUAUGUGUGAAGAUAAGUGAUGAAAAUGUGCAAAGACCGUGACUGUGUAGUACUGAAUUAUACACUUUUUCACAUUCAAA